UUUUGUUUCGUGGGUGUAUAUAACAACUAACAUAACCUAACAUUCUACUUAUGUAAAAUAUUGCUCCCCUUUUUUACUUUAUUUUCAAAGUGAAAAACGGCAUCAAAUUGGAAAACUAUGAAUUUGGUUAUUAAAUAAAACUCCCCGGAACUCAGGAAAAUGUCCAGUAAACAAUUCGCACUUCCCAACGGUACGGCCGCGAAGCAGAAGAGAUUCUCCAUAGACGACGCCUUCGAGGAAGAAACGGACGAGGCCAUACGUGUCUACGGUACGACAUGCAUGCCGUCGAAUAAAAUCGGCCUCAAUGGAGAGGGCGACUACACAAGCAUCAAAGUGGACUCGGCCAGGACGUACAAAAUGUCAAACGACGCCUCGCGAGACAGCGACUCUUUAAUCCAGGAUUACUGCGACGGCUCAAAUCAGGAGAUUAGCAAUACUUCGUGCUUUCAACAUCCGAAGAUACGCGAGAACUGGCGCAUGGUACUUGCGGCGACCACGUUGCUUUUUAUUGGUAUAGGUCUGCUCACGACUGGCACGUUGGCACUUGCUGAACCGCAGGCCGGACUCCAGGGUGCCGUCUUCUUGCUCGCCGGGUUCAUCUGUUUUAUACCGGGGGCGUACCAUGUCGUCUACAUUUACCUGGCGGCAAAGGGCCGACGCGGCUACCACUUCCACAACUUACCACUUUUCACAUAAUGCGCUCGUGCGGUAGGCGUAACUUUUAAGGAAACUGAUCUCAUUAUUAUCGUACUUGUAAAUUUAAGAGCCACUCUUAAGUUGAAUGAAAGACAUCCCGUAGCUUUACCUUCUUUUUUAAGCUUUAGAAAUAAUGACACAUUUGGCACUGAUUUAUUGUUAAGUAAUAACAAAUAAUUAUUUAUUUAUUACAUUUUAUUAUCACAUAAUCCAUAAAAUCUAUUGUAAUUAAAAACUUUCAUACUAAA